AUUUUACUUUGGAGGAAACAAGGCGGGGGAAGUGACGUAAUAUUGUGACGGCUAUUUCCGGUCUCUUUUCGUUGAGGCUCAGCUAGCGGCUGCCUGCAAACAUGCAGAUCUUCGUGAAGACAUUGACGGGUAAGACCAUCACCCUUGAGGUCGAGCCCAGCGAUACCAUCGAAAAUGUCAAGGCAAAGAUCCAAGACAAGGAAGGAAUCCCCCCUGAUCAGCAGCGUCUGAUCUUUGCUGGCAAACAGUUGGAGGAUGGACGCACUUUGUCUGACUACAACAUCCAGAAAGAAUCCACUCUUCAUCUGGUGCUGCGUCUGCGUGGCGGCAUCAUUGAGCCUUCCCUCAGACAGCUGGCUCAGAAGUACAACUGCGACAAGAUGAUUUGCCGCAAGUGUUACGCCCGUCUGCACCCACGUGCCGUCAACUGCCGUAAGAAGAAGUGUGGACACACCAACAACCUUCGCCCCAAGAAGAAGCUGAAGUAGACAUUUAUACUGGGUCAGCUGUGCACGCCACAUUGUGUUAAAUAAAUUUCAGAAAAUUCCA